AUGUUAGAAGAGCAGUUAUAUCUACUAGCUUGCAUUUUUUCAGCCAAAGCUGAUACGCAUAAUAUCAAAAAGUUGUCUACGAGGCUGGGUUCAAAAUCGGAUUAUUUAAAAAUCAUUUGUGUUUUAUGGCCAGAAUUGGAUGAUCCAAAAAACCUUUCAUUUCUUUGUGAAUCAGAAGAGGCGGUGCAAAGUCCAAUAGGAGAAGAAACCACCGACGAAGAUGUGGUGGUAGAACUAUUGGAAAGUGAUAGUGGUUUGAUUUCAUUGAUUGAAACUGAUAAUACAAAAAGAUCAAGCAGAUAUCACGAUUUACAAAAAUUCAUAAACAAUAAAUGCGAUAAUAAACCUGUAGAGAAUUUUGAAGGUUGGUUGAGGGAAAGAAUUUUAAUAUGUAAUGAGAUUGUACCUGAAUCGCCUCUAUUAUACUCUGUAUUAUGGGAAGCCGCUAAACCAGGAGAACUCUCUACAAAGUUUAUUGAAUGGGUAGAAGGAGUAAUAAAACCCUUGAACCACCUUGGUGAACGACUUCAUUUAAUAUUCAAAAUUAAUGAGUGGGAAGAAAUCCCUGAUACCGAGUUAUUUAACAUAAUUUUUGAUGGCGUUGAGGAUACGCAGAAUCAUAGCAAUAUGGCAAAUAUUAUUGAAAAUGAACUGAUUCCUACUUUGUCUUAUGGAAAUAAAUGUGAUAUUUUCGUUAAUGAAUUCUUUAAUAAACGACAAUUCUCGUUGAAAUCUAAUGCUAACUACGAAUUAUUUUUGAAGAUAUAUGAUAGCCUCGAAAAACUACUGGAAAAUAACAGUGAUACAUUAAGAGACUUACAAAGUAAUGUUAUCGAUAUACUAUUCAACAACAGUGAAAAUUUAUUCAACUUAUCCAACUUGAUUAAUAAACUUGAUGAGUUGUGGAAUAUUUUGAGCAAAUUUCCAGAUGAUAUUACAAUAAAGGAGCAGAAAACUGUUACUGUUUUAGAAAUGAAACAGUUUAUGGAAUUUUUCACCAAAUGUUCGACCAACUUUUCUUUUAAGGAAAUCUUCGCCAUAACACAAGAAGAAGAAUCUGCUCAGUUAGCACAUUUUACGUCAUUGUGUUAUGAUGAAUUCAAUAAAGCAAAGGACAUCUCCAAAUUUUUGCAAUCAAUGUAUGAAACGGUUUUAGAUUUUAACAAGGAAGAUAAAAUUUUCACCCGGAUUCGUAUGAAUGAUAAACUAUACAGCAUGUUAAAAAUUCUUUUAGAAAUGAACGAAUUCACAUAUAUUGAAAUGAUCAUGGAGAAAUUUCAUUACUAUGACAAUGCGGAAGCGUACGAACUUUUAGUGAAGUUCUUUUGGCAUUUUUUCAAUAAUGCUUCUAAUGGACUGAGUAAAGAACCGGAAAUAAAGAAAGCUUCGCAAACAUUAAAUAUACUUCAAAAGUACAUGUCUCGACUGGAAGGUAAUAAUAUCACAAAACUGGAAGUACUACUUGAGUUAUCAGACAAACUAUCGCAUUAUUCCAUAAACCUAAACAAGAUGCAUAAUGGGGCAAGAGAUGCAGCUUUCAAGCCAAGUAAUAUUUUAGAAUAUAAAGAUUGUCCUCUCGAUAUAAUAUCAAACUUACUGGAGUUGAACCCGCGAUUGUAUAAGGACCUACCCACCACAAAGGGGCUGCUAUUCGGGAUCUACGACAGUUUGUCGAUUGGUAGAGAGGGACAAACAGGUAAAAUGGAAGUAGAUUUGAUGAUAUUACAUAUUGAGUACGCCUUAGUAAACCUAGAUUUUGACACGGCAUACGAGCUGAGCCAGCAAGUGUUUGAAUUUUGUCAAGAAGGAGGCCAACAGAUGAUGAAGACUCUGGGCGAUGACCAUUGGUUGACAUUAUAUCAAAUGGGGAAAUUUAUCGAUCCAAACUGGGUAGAUAACGAGAUUCCAACAGAGAUAAUUGUUUUACAGAUGAACAUCUUGGGUCGCCUAUUAGCCAUUUGCCCCCUUGAGGAGGUGGAGGUUGUUACAUCGCAAUGGAGCACCCUGGAAUUGGAAUUAAGCGCCCGUGACUUGGUGAGGGACAAAUACGCACUAGAUGGACAAAACGGUAAUAAGGGUAAAGUGGGCGGCUUUGCCAGGGAGAUUUUCCAUAACGUGACAAGUUUUUGA